UCGUGAAUAUUAUUUAAAAUGGUCAUCAGCAUUGCUCGUCAUCAACAUUACAGUACUUCUUCUGGAUCAUUAUCAACAUUACAGUACGAUUUUAUCAACAUUACAGUACUUCUGGAUAUAUUUGAAUAUGCUACUUAAGUGAAAAUGCUGCGGUAAAUUUUCCCACUACAUUAUUUAGACUGUAUACUUUCUGUUAUAUAAUUCUUUUCAGAUAUACUUUAGAGCAUUAUUGCUCGAUGACCCGAUAUCCUUGUGAACCCGUCGAUAAUGAAACUAAAUUCUGCGAACUGCAUGAGAGGUACUGCAGAUAUAUGAAAGUACCUGAAAACUUCCGAGUACCACGCAAUGAGACAGCUGUUAUACAAGAAAUAAUGAAUGACUUAGAAUUUCAGUCGGAAAUAAAUAAUUUUGAAGAAAAUGUAGUCAAGAAAUGUGAAAUACUAACCGCAGGAAAUUCUCCUUCUAUACCAUGUAGAAGAGCAAGACGAGCUCUGCACACGAGAGGAGAAAUCCUAACCAGAACAAACUGCUUUAUGUUCAAUUCAAUAUGGGCAAUGCCAAAUGCACAAUCCGAAAACAUUCCUUCAACAACUGCGAUCAAUUUAUUGCUGCUGACAAAUCAGACUGAUUAUCUUCCAUUUAUUCCUGAUCAAUAUGCUGCGAUGUACAUCGAUUUCCAUGCUCCUACAGCUUUAGCGAAUCCAUUUUUAAAUGGUUUCGUUAUGUAUCCCGGCAUCAAAUAUAAGUACUUCAUUAAAGAGAGAAUUAUGAAUCUCUUGCCUGCACCUUAUACCACAAAUUGUACAGACUACGAAACUCAGUGGAAGAUAAAUGGAAACAAAGGGCCAGUUUCACAAGCGGAGUGCAUUGAAACUUGCAAGUUGGAGCUCAUUGUAAAGCAACGAAAUUGCGUGGAUUUCUUCAACUGGUACCCACAUAAUGAACGAAUAUGCAAAACUGGAUGCAAAGAUGUUACAUGUUCUGGUGGAUAUAAAGAUAUAGACAACAUCAGCAAGAGUCUACUAAAAUUUGCAAAGCGAUGUUCGGAACAAUGUCAACCAGCUUGCUAUCAAAAAAUGUAUGAUGUGACAAAAGAAGAAAUUCAAGUUCCCGAAGAAGUUUUUAAGAGUAUUCCCAACAGACGUACAUGGAAGAAAUAUAUAUAUAUGCAGCUUUCAUUUGAUAAGUUUGAAACAACAACUUUCACAUACUCUCCAAAAUUUGAGUUUAUACAAACGUUCUUCUACUUUGGAGGAUAUGUUGGAAUAUGGUUGGGUAUAUCCUUGGUCGCAGUCUUCGAUUUUUUUGAGAGUAUUGUCAAAGUAAUGAAGCAUCCUUAUAAAAGAAUAAAAAAGAAGCUUCAAAGAAAGAUACUGCCAGCAGAAUUUCAACAUACACAACAGCAACUUAAUUAUUAUUAA